UAUCCAGUCUUCCCACCGGCAGUACAUUGAUGUACAGCAAAUUGCCUACGUCGCCAACGCAUUGCUUACAACUUAUAUCUUAUUAUAUUAUGUACCUCAAAAGUUUAAAAUGCUAACCAAACCAUGGCUCGCCUUGUUAAUCAAGUGUAGUAAAUUAAAUCCAUUCAAAUAUAUUUAUUAAUGCAACAUUCUCUUCUUCUGAUGCGCGGUCCUGCGAUCGACCAAGAGUGAUUGAUAUCUUCUGUGAUAUCUCAUCGCGAACUUCCGGAGACAUGUUUACAUUUCGGCUAAGGUUAGAGACCGUCGUGAGGUUCAGAUUACGCGAGCUGGAGCUGAUUGAAUUUGGACGCGAGUAAUUUCCUGAUGUGGUCGCAGUUGUAGUUUAUUAUAAAAACUAUUGUAGAUAUUUUUGUAAGAAAUUUCAUACUAGUUUAAAGCGUCCCCAACUUAACCUUAAACUUCGGUGAUUUCUUGCAGACGUGUAAACAGUCUAAUUCAGUGAUUAGUGUUGUGGAUAUGGAUAUCACAUCUUAGUCUGCAAGCCAUGAGCUAUUCCGUUUGUUUAUCUCAUUUUUUACCUGAAGUCAGCUUGUGACUCUAUGUUGACCAAAUGCAUUGAUGAUAUUUUCUUAAACUCUGUGACUUAAUAUGGUGGAAUAAAUUUCACCAUGGCUUACUCGUGUGUCAAGGUGAUUUUUGAAAUUGGCCAUGAAGCAGCUCUGCGUAACAAGCGCACCCAAGAGGGCUUUACCCAUGACUGGGAAGUUUUUGUCCGGGGUGCUGACAAUACCGACAUCCACUACUUUAUUGAUAAGGUCGUCUUUCAUUUGCAUGAAACCUUCCAUAAACCAAAACGAGUUAUUAAAGACCCGCCGUACAAGGUUAAAGAGUCCGGCUAUGCUGGCUUUUCUUUACCGAUUGAUAUCUAUGUAAAGUCAAAAGAUGAACCACGAAAAAUCAAAUUCAAUUACGAUCUCACUUUGCAACAUAGUGGUCCUCCAAUCUCAAAUAUAAUUCGAGAAAAGUAUAUCUUCAACAAUCCUUCAGAGGACUUUCGACGGAAUCUAAUCAAAGGUGGUGGUAUUGGAGUUGGCAGUGAAAGUUUAACCAACAAUAGUCACAGUAAUGCUAGUUUAAAUUGUAUUACUUCCGCAGCGAAUAAUGAAAAUAAAGUACAGUCUAGUUUAUCAUCUAAGUCAAAACCUACCAGUGACAGUCAGUCUUUGAAAAAACACAAAGUCAAGGAACCAUCAAAAGCAGAUGACAUUAAACCAAGUAAUUCAUUUGCUGCUCUGUUUGGAACACCUAUUAAAACUGUCAAAAAAGAAAACCAACAAGUGUCAAAGCCCUCAAAUAAAGCUAGUUCUGCUACUGAGAAACACUCAUCAGAGAAACAGGUUCACUCAUCUGAAAAAUCAUCGAAACACAAGAAUGGAGCACAUAAAGAGAAGGCGCUCGUCAGCUCUAAAAAAGAUCAUGAAAAAGAUAAAGAGAAAGAUAAAGAUAAAGAGAAGGAAAAAGAAAAGGACAGAGAAAAAGAUAAGGAAAAGAAAAAAGAAAGGGAAAGAGAAAAAGAAAGAGAUAAAGAAAAAGAAAAGGAUAAGGACAGAGAUAAAGAAAAAGUAAAGGAAGAAAAACUUCAAAAUCAGCCAAGUAGUAAAGAGAAAGUAAACCUGGAUAAAGUUCAAAACCAGCAGAGUCUCAAAGAGGAGAAAAAGAAAGAAAAGCAAGAGAAGCAAGAAAAAUAUGAAGACAAACUGAAAGAGCAUAAGGAGAAAGAAACCAAAGAAAAGUCGGAUAAAUCAGGUAAAAGUCACUCCGAACUGAAAUUAGAAAAGAAAAAAGAAAGGAAAAAAGAGAAGGAAAAGGAAAAAGAAAGGGAAAGAGAACGAGAAAGAGAAAAAGAAAGGGAACGAGAGAAAGAACGUGAAAGAGAGAAAGAAAAAGAGCUUGAGCUGAAAAAAGACAAAGAAAAAGAUAGAGAAAUGGAUAAGACUGAUAAAGUAAAAUUAGACAUUCUUAUCAGUAAGGAAAAAGAGAGUGUGAAAAAGUCUCCCAAAAUACCAAGUAUCAAAGAAGAAAAAGUAGAAAAAACAAAAGAAAUUAAAGUCAGCGAAAAAGAAAGACCAGCAGAAGAAGAAAAAGAGAAGCACCGGCAUCAUAAACACAAGAAAAAAGAGAAGCAAAAGAAAGAAGAUUCUGCUGCGAAGGAAAAGACUGAGAAAAAACUAGAUAGUAAACAAUCAGAAACGAAGCAUAGUGAGAUUAAGAAACCGUCACCUGCUCCAAUGCCAAGGCCAUCAACACCUGAGCUAAUGAUUAAACCAGAACCGCCGAGCCCAAAGAAAAUUAAGAACCCUCUUGGAGCUCUGCUUGAUGAAUUGUCAGACAAGUCUGAGAGUGAUGCCAUGAUGUCGUCUGAAGAUGAUGAGCCUUCCAUGUCUUCACCACCACCUUCCCCUCCUCCUCCUGUGCUACCUCCUGCCAUCAAAGAUGAACCUGCUGAAAUGUCAAAAAUCACCAAGCAAAAGGAUAGUGAUAGUGACGACUCAGUAGUAACUGUCAUUAAAAAAAGGGGAGGCAGAGCAAGAGAAAGGGAUAGUGACAGCGAGGAUUCUAUCAUAACAGCUAAGAAGAAAGCAAAGAAAUCAUCAAAAAGCGACAGUACCAAAGAUACAAGUAGCACAAAAAAACACAAAAAGAAGAAGAGUAAAGAGAAAGACAAAGAAAAAGAUAAAGAACGGGAAAAAGAAAGAGAAAAAGUUGAAGAAAUAGUUCCUAAUAAAUCUAACACAAGGCUUGAGUUUUCAGAUACAAAGCAUGCAGAAAAUGAACAGAAUAACCAUAUUCUAAGAUCUCCAAGUCCUGUAAAAAGGCUCGUCAAAGAAGAGCGUAAGUCACCCCAAUCAUGGUCGCCUGUUUCACCAGAGCUCAAAUUCACAGAUGAAUACGUAACAGAGUUGAAGAACCUACAGCGAAAAAUCAUGAAUUUAGAGGAUGACUCAGAGUUGCAGAAGGUUGUCCAAGUGAUAGCAGAAACCGGGCAAUAUGAAAUUACCAAAGAAACGUUUGAUUUUGACCUUUGUACCUUAGAUAAGAAUACCGUUCAAAAACUGCAGAAUCUAUUUCUCACUGCCCCUUCUUGACGCCACCUUCAUUAGAUAAAAAGUCAUUGUUAUGGUUCUGUGAUUCUAGCAAAAUUGGAGCUAUCAUUUGAUUUUAUAGAAGAUUGCUGUUACCACUUCUUUUUGGGUCUUGAUUCAUCCUUCUUUUGUAAGUGUUUCUUCAGUCAGUCACUCACUAAAGGUAUGAGUUUUCUCUUCUUCGCACUUGGGAUCAAAUUAUAAAUAAUUUUCUCAUUGAUUUUCAUGCCCUCAUUAAUUUUUACUGUUUUAACUCUUACACACUUUUUGUCCUGAUUUUCACUUGCCUAACUGUAUGUCAUUUUACAGUAAUUUUGGUGCCGAUGUUGCCAAAAUAUUUCAUAAUGGGUCAAAUUUAAUAAAUACCCAAAUAAUUGGCGUAUUUUAUGAACGUUUUAGAACAGCAUUAAUGGUUCCUAGUGGAUGCUCAGAGCUCACUUUCUUUUUAUAUUAAGCUGAUUGAGUUAGUCAGUUUAUUAUGCACAUUUAAAAUUAAUUAAUCCAUUAAGUUUAUCACAUUUUGGAUGGUCACGCAGGCUACUAAGGUGUAGGAGUGCCACCAACCCAUCCCAUUUUUCAGUUUUGCCUCUUGUCUGCAGGCAGGGUGACAGCUAAUCCAAUUGUUCAAAUGCUUUUUAAGCUAUUGCAAUGGGAGCAAGUGUAGGUAUGUAGUGCAAUUUUGCGGCCUCUUCAGUCCAAUUUUAGUACAUAAGUUGCCACAUAAUUCCUUCAAAAUGUGAACUAACCUUGCCAAAAAGCUCAUUUGUCAACUUUGGAAACAAUUGGUAUAGAAGAAGAGGAAAAAUUUUGAAAGAAAUCAACAACAGCUGCUGUUGUUCAAGCAAUUGCUGAAUGUAUAAAUGUAUUCAAUGUAUUGCACCUGUUUGAUUUAAAAAUAUUUAACUAAAAAUUUGGGUUGAAGCAUAGAGAAAAAAGAGAGGGUGAUUGCGAGUUAAUAAAAUUAUAAAGCUAGUUAAUUAUUAAAUGUUAAGUUUUACAUAUUGAUGUCACUGGGUGCAUGCAAAUAUCAGCUAAAGGAGUGUACCUAGUCUUUUUUUUUAAAUAUACAGUAGUAAAUUAAAUUUUAAACAAUUUUCAUAGGGUACAAUUUCUUUAUGGAUUCACUGUUUCGGGAUGUUUGCGAUUAAUUUUUUUGUGACUAGUGAUGUCACAUGUCUGCAAAAGUUAACUUUGCAAUCACUUUCUGUUCUUUUUCCUAGAUGACUUUACCAGAUUUUCUGAUCAAACAGGUGCAAAAUAUCAAAAUACACUGGUUUAAUCACAGUAGAUACUGCUGUUGAAUCUUUUUGAUAGCUCUCUUGCAUAAAACUUGAAUUUGAUACUGUGCUUUCUCUUGAAUUCCAAUAGUUUCAUGUUAAAGAUGAGAUUGCAUAAUUUACGUAAUCUGAAUUUUUGGUAUCCAAAGAAGAAGAAAAUAUCCCUCAAAGAGUGUAUCUCAUGUGGCAUAUUUUUGCGUUUCAUAUUGCAUCUCAAAUUCAAGUAAAAUAGUAUUUAGUCAUAUUUAGCCUCCUCAGAAAGCUGUGAACAUCCACAACAGACCAGGCUUAAUCAUAGUUCCUCUUACUGAAUUGACAGUCUUUUACGUUUUAUUCAUUUAUUUAUGUAUCUAUUUAUUUAUUUUUUCUUUUGUUCAAUUAGUACUCAGCAUUGAUGUGUUGUUGGUUGAGAAUGUACUUCUCUCCUUCCACCCACAAUGCCCCCAAUUCAAGCCAAAACUUGCUUGUUUUAUCUUUUAUACAUUUCUCUAUAACUCAUAAUGUACUCUUCAAAUAUCCUUACAAUUUCUUUGCUCCUCUAAAUUAUCGUCCUCAUAUCUGUCUUGUAAAUUGUAUUUCAUAUUGUUUGAUGAAUUUCAUUGACCAAGUUCUUUAUUAGACUAAGUCUUGUUACUUAUUUUCGUUUUUAUUUUUAUCUUUUGUUUUGUUAUUUGAUUUUUCUCGUUGAUUGAUUUUUACCGCUCCAAUCCAAUUUGUAGUUCAUGCUGUGAAAAGUGUGCAUGGGGUUGUCAGUCUUUUCGGGGCCGAGCAUAUGUAAAGUAGCAAAAUAAAAAUAAUAACUAGACAGUAUUUUUUCCGCAUCAAAAAAAUAUUGGAUGAUUUUAGUUGAUAGGAAUUGUAGCAUGGCAGAGAUGUACAUAAUGAUGUUUCAAACUUCAAUGUCUAAAUGAGGGGUACUAGUUUAUGGAAUUUCGUGUAAGAAAAGAGUAGAGCCCGUGUUCUAACUCAAUACAAAAAUUUUAGGAGCUAUUUAGUAAGGAAAUCAAAUUUUGGGGCGCCAACUUUACUUUUUUAGGAGCCAUAAAGACCUCUAACUUGCAAAAUGCAAGGGCGCAAUGAAAACCAGAGCUGUGCCAAUGUCUCAGAUGUCUUUCUUAGUCAAUGCCUCUUAUUUUGACACAUUUAAGUCUGAUUCUUAGCCACAUAUGGUAAAUGGCGUCCGUUGAAGUUAAAACACUGUAUGAAACAGUUCCCUUUGUGGGAGUGAAGGGGCCAGACAGAACUAGAGUCCCAAUAUCAAGUACAGUACAUCCUUUUUCCUUCCUUUUCUCAUUUCAUCCUCCUCUUCUGGCUCACUAGGAAUUGUCUUUCCAUUCACCUUCCUUUCCAUGAAAUCUGUCCUUACAUCUCUAUCUUCAUCUAAUUUUUUUAAUCUUACAACGAAACAUCCACAAGAAUGUCAUUGGUUCGUUUGUGUACCUCAGAUGAGCUGAGUCUACAGUAUUCCUCAGGAUUUUUUGACUCAGAUAAUGUACGGAAGUGUCAACAAGCCAGAUAACAUACCAUACAGUAGUGUUAUUUAAAAAUAGAUUUCUUUUAUCAAAAAAACGCUCUUGUAAAUAAUAAAGAGCAGAAUGUCAUACGUGUCACUGUAAUAUUUUUGCCCACACAAUGGAGGAAGAACUUUUAGAAGGAUGGUUUAUUCUCUUUUUUUGAUUAAGCUCAACAACCCUCCGACACUCGCAAAUGCUUUAUUCCUCGUAUUGUAGGAUGAUAUGUUUUAUACUUUCUUUACAUAUCCAUAGAGGAAUCUAUAAAUUAUAUGAUCAAAGGAUUUAUUCCAACUGUGAUGUUUGUCGUUUACUUCCUCAUUUUGGACAGUUAUUUCUUUCAUAUUGGCAUAUUAUUUUCUGAUAAUUUUUUUGGCAAUCCCUGCAUAGACCUAAUUUUUUUUGGCAAUCCUUGCAUAAAACUAUUUUUUUUUUGGCAAUCCUUGCAUAGACCUAAUUUUUUUGGCAAUCCUGGCAUAGACCUACAUACAGGAGGACUGUAUCAAUAGUUAAAAGACGAUACCCAUCAUUCCCUUCGUCUCAAUCAGUUAAUUUUUAAUUAUUACAUUUAGAGGAUCCUUUCAGCCUACCUAUGUAUUCUUCUACCUGUCUUUUUCUACUUGAAAUCUUUUAGUUAGUAAUUUUUUUAAUGUUUUUCGUACCUGUUUUAAGAGUUGAUAAAUGUUAAUAGCAUGUUUUAAGAAAGAAUUUUAUGAAAAUUUUUGUUUGAUCAAGGAGCCAUAUCAAUGAGUCAUACUUUUUCCCUAAAUACUCUCAGAGAAUUAUUACAGUUUAUUCCAUAAAAUCAUGUAUUUAACACCUAUCCAGGGUAUGUCAGAAAAUAUUUUCGAAGUCUAGACUCCAUGUCCAUGGGAACUUUGGUUCUAUCCGCCCAUGAAUACCAAGAAAGGUGAAAGUUUCUCCUCCUUUUCCUUAAACUUUGUUUCAGUCAUUCUCUGCUCACCCUUGUUUGAAUUCAGAUUUUAGCUAGAACCAGGGUUUUCCUUGAGGAAGAGCGGAAAGGAAAACCUUCCCAUCAAUUGAAGAGCCUGGUUUCCCCUAUUCCCCCCUUUAGUUGCAUCUUUUUAUAAAUGCAUCACUUAAAGAAAACAAACAAUGAUCUUUUUCAGAAAUUCCUCCCUUUUUUUACCUUAAAAUGGUGAACAUUUGCCCUGCAACAUUAAUCAACGUUUCUUUAGAAAGAAUUUAUCAAGAAUGAAUACCUAAUUUUCCUAUUUUUUGCUCAAGAUUAGAAAGAAAGCCUAAUUAAGUAAGAUUAUUAAAGAAUACUAUGUUUGGUUUGUGUCUCAUCGAGGAGAAGAGGUAACCCCUACGGCAAUUGUUUCCCAGUUAGCAAAUAAAAUAUUAUAAAAAUAACGAUAGUAGCAGCAGUUGGCUGGUUAAAUCGAACAAUUAAAAUCACCUAUGUACAAGCUCAUACCUAAUCAUUUUUUAAUUCAUUUGGAGAUGCCUCUAAAAAAUUGAGGGAAUGAACAUCAGUAUGAUCUGUAUUAUGCAUAAUGCUCUAGUUUUGAUUAAUGAGGUCAAAAGCCUUUACUACAUCAAAGUAGAAGCCAAAAACGGAGACAUCAUCUUCUGUUACGCUAUAGAUUGAAUAAAAAAAACUUCUACUCAGAUAGUUUGAGUUGUUAACAACUCUUUUAACUUGAAUUAAUCCAGUUUUUGUCGGCAGUUACUUUCAAAAUGGUUUUCCAAGUGGUUAAAGAUGAGCCUCUGAAGAAUUAUUGGAGAAGUUUUCAGUUGUAGACAUUUGCUUGUAGUUACCGAUCAAUUUCUCACCUUCACCUUAAAACGAAUAGUGGGCAUGUAAUUUACCUCGUAAAUUGUAUAGUCAACGACAACAACAAAAUACUCUCAUUUGCAAUAUCUCUUUCAAACAUCAACUGUAUUAAAUUGGGAUCGCCUCUUUUCAAAUUUUAGCAUUUUAUUGCUGCAGACACCAACUCAUUUUAAUUUUUUCAAAUUAGUAAGUCAUUAUGGGGAUCUAUAUUUUAAAUUUUCUGCUUUAGAAGAAACCGGAUAAUACUAUCACAGGGUUAAUAGUAUAUAUAUAUUGAAACGUUAAAAGAAACUUAUAAUCUUUUUUUGCUUCACAAGUUGUAUUAAGAACCUUUCGUUUCCUCUUGGGACCCAAUGUCAACUCUUUUUGCUGCAAUAUGGGCCUAAAAUUUUGAACCUUUGUAUCGAUUUAUUUGUUAAAAGCUUUACUUGAAACUAUAUGAUAAACUUUGUAAACUUUAUGUGACAUGAAACUAGAUUAAUGCUCUGUGUUCUUCUUGCGGAAGAGGUCAAACAAUUGAUAGUUGACGUCCGAAGUGAGCAUGUAAUUCAGGGUAUCGGAUCUGGUUUUUUUACAGCCGCUAUGAUUUGCAAGUUUCUUGCUGUAUGGACUCACAGGUUGUUGUAUUAAUGGUUAGAUCUACAUAUAUGGACGGUGAAGCUCCCAAACCAUGUACCUUGUUUGCGGUAUUUGAAAAUCUUCCCUCCUCUUUUAAUUUUUUAUAGGAGAACAAAUCAACAUCAUUCCCUGAAAUUUUUUCAGAAUUUGCUUUGAGUAGAAAAGAAUAAUUUUGGAAGUUUUAAUAGUAGAUUUCUCCAUUUAAAAAAUGAAGUAUGACAGGAAGUCUGCAAGAUCAAUCAACCAAACCGAGAUACAUUGUUUGGGAGCUCAACUGUCGAUUCAUGGUCUCAUGAGGUAAUUUACUAAGUUGUGCCAAAUCGGUUGUAUCAUGGUGUUGUAUUAUGCGACAGACACAGAAUAACAAAAUAAGUCCAAAGCCCAAAUUUCUACUCUUUAAAAGAACAAGGACAUCUGUUUUAGAAAUAAGGUGAAUGGUAUUGUAUUUCACCGUAGUAGUGCAUACUGUCGUUUCUUUUACCUUUGAUUCGACACUUAAUAUAAGUGUUGCCCACAUUUGCACAAGCACAAUUCCAUAUACAUCACGGACUAAGCCAUGGUGGAAGAAACCAUAGUAUUCAUUAUUGCGGUGUUUUUAAAAGUUGUUUUUGAAAAAAGGAUAUCUUGGAUAUGAUAAUUUACAAACUGAGAUCCCAUCAUUUCUGAUAACCUAUUUAAUUAAAUCAUAAAAAAAAAGGUAUAAAAUAUUUUGUAAGGACAUCUGACAUAUUAUUCAGUUUUAUCCUUCCUAUUUCAUAUUUUGACAGAAAAUUCUGGAAAAUUUUCCAUGAAGUCUCUACUUUUCCUGUUGAUGUUCGUUCUCUUCUUCAUUCAAUAACAAGUAUUAAUGCCAUCUGUUCAUCAAGGUAGAUAGAGUCGUUACUAGACCUAGGGCGUUGAUAUUGCUCGAAGCAAGGAACAGCACCUUCAUUGACCACAACUUGUGCUAAAUUUAUAAAUCCAGCCUCCCCCUUUUCUCCUCAAAAAAAUUCUCACAUCAGUAACAUUGAUUCCUAAUUUCUGGUUGCAGCAUCAUUUGUCUGUAUUUUUUUUAUCUGUCAGUAAGUUUUCCAUAGCAAAGCAAAAUUUAUGUUUAUAGUCUUACGAAUAGGCUCAGUGACCCUUUUUUGACCUCCAGUUUCUUGUAUUUUUUAUUUUACAGUGUUUCCACAAAAUAUAAUAUGUCUUUCUCGUUAAAACUAUCAAGAAUGCAUACUUAGAAAAACCAUUUUAACUUUGUGAGGAAGAAACUAGAGUUAACAAAAAUUCCCAGCCCUGGUGGUGGGUUUCUCGUCAAAUAUUUGAUUGAAUUUAAGUUUUUGAAUAAAUACAUGUGCAAUUUCACUUUAAAUGCUUAAAGUAUUAAGUGCGACUUAUUAUUUUAGGUGAUAAAAUGUUUCAUUAACUUUGUUGAUUGUUUUGUCGUAUCAAGUUUCUGUACAGUGCAGUCUGCAAGUUUUGUUUAUUUUUAUUUAUUCCUCCCUUUUUUUAUUCAUUUUAUGUGACUAUAUUUAUUUGUGUGGUUUGUAUUGUAAAGUAAGGGCACUAUGCAAGCAGAAGUUGAGGAUGCUUAUGGACUUCAGUUUAUGAAUAUUCUCUUGAAAGUAACUGAAAGCUUCUCAAAGAAGCUUCAAACAAAAUUGCGAUUUCCAAGAUAGGCUCCUGGAAAAUUACCAUCGAUUUCUAGAUGUUGGAAAAAUCCUUGGUAUUAGAGGAUUAUAGAUCAAAACAUGUCUGUUUCCUAAGAGGAAAGGGUGAUUUUGUGCAGGUAUUCGAAAACUUUACACUGAGUUCUCAUUACUUAAGAUUAACCCUGCCUCCCAGUAUCCAAAAAUGUUAUUUUGCUCAACUCAUCAUUUCUCUCCCAAGACUUUCAUAGUUUAUAGGACCAAAAACUACACCUGCAAACAAUUUUUUGAUCAAAAUACAUUUUUCUUCAGUCCCAACAAAGCCUUUCCAACUUUUUGAUUCCAUUAGAAACAGUAUCAAUAAUUGCCAAAAUCUAGCAGUCUCAUGAGAAGAAUUUCUGCAGCUGGAUGUGGUUCACUUUUUUGAUUUGAUAGGCAAGGCUGUAACCUCCCAAGAAACUCUUAAAGCUCAAACAUUUGCGUUCACUUUAGUAGGUGGGUCAAAAACUUCGGAUGUUGGAGUCAUCGCUGCCAACAUGGAAAAUCAACUGUAGCCGGAAGGAAUUUCGUUUCAUUUUAACACAAUUUGGCCAUGACCACAUCCAGCUUCUGAAAUUUACCUGUGCAGAUCAGCUAUUUUGGAUUUUAUUAAUAAUGCCUCUAUCUUAGGUAUAAGAGAGGGACGUUUUCUUGGACAGAAAUUCAAUCCCAACUUUCGAUCAACCUUGAUGACCUGUUGGCAUCCAUCAGCUUUUCCUAUUUUCCCUCUCUUGAGUUCAAUUCCUAAAGUGACUACAAAACUAAAUCGAUACAAUCAUGGAGCAACAAUAAUGAGGAUCUACCUCUGAUACCAAUCGGAUGGUUUUUUUUUGUAAAAUCGUUAAAAGCAGCUAAAUUCUAUAUGAAAGAUGAAUCCUAACUGAUAGUGAACAUUUAAAUGAUGUAUGGAGGAGUCCAAUUUUUCAAGUCCAUUUGUGAACACAUGCUUCUGUUUGCAUAGCAUCCAUGGUUUAAGGUUGUACAAAGAUUAAGUUGAUUGUAUAAAGUGUAAGAAAACUUUAGCACUUCAGAUUCAAUUUAUUAAAUGGUAACAUUUCAAAAAUGUC